AUGGCUUCUGCAACAGCAAGGCUCACCUUUUCUUUGCACCACUUAACCCAAGCACCAUCUCCAAAACCACAAAAACCUCUUCUCUUUCUCUCCCUUAAACUCCCCACAAAACAGCAUUUCACCAUCCAUUCCAUUGAUGUCUCCCAAGAAGACAGCCAAGACACCCCAACUUCAGACCAAGAAACUAAAGAUGCAUUAAAAGAAAAGUUUGACAAACGCAGGUUAGAAGAGAAGUUUGCAGUGUUGAACACAGGAAUAUAUGAGUGCAGGUCAUGUGGUUUCAAGUACGAUGAAGCAGUGGGUGAUCCUCCAUAUCCAAUACCACCAGGGUUUCAGUUUCACAAAUUGCCUGAUGACUGGAGAUGCCCCACUUGUGGGGCUGCAAAGAGUAUCUUUGAGAGUAAGAGUGUGGAAAUUGCAGGCUUUGCACAGAACCGGCAGUUUGGAUUAGGAGGGAAUGCUCUUACUUCUGGGUGAAAAGCUAUAUUAAUAUAUGGUAGUUUGUUCUUCUUUUUUGUGCUCUUCUUGAGUGCUCUUACU